CCUCUUGCAGCGUCUCUAUGGACUCUAUAGAGCACAGUCAUGUAAUAUGGGGAGAUUGAAGAAAAGAAGGGAAUGACAAAUGAUGAUGGCUAUCUGUCAAAGGUAAGCCACUGUGGGUGGAGCUCAGUAUAAGGUUUGGGGUAUUUAUUGGAGAGGACAAAGUGAAGGAGGCACCGUUAAAAUGGCUCUCUACCAGCUUCUCUGGGGUUCAACCGUGAUGAUCGUUCUCUUCUCCAGAGGAUGUAAUUCACAGCCGGCAGUAUGUGGACGGGCUGUAUUCAACACCAGAAUUGUUGGAGGUCAAGAUGCACUUCCAAGAAGUUGGCCCUGGCAGGUCAGUUUGCAGGCUGAUGGUAGUCACUUCUGUGGAGGGUCCCUGAUCACCGACCAAUGGGUUCUGACUGCCGCUCACUGCCUGAAGGAAACUGACCUUGGAACUGUAGUGCAUUUGGGCGUCCAAAGCCUGUCGGGUCCAAACUUAAAUGCAGUGUCACGGAAUCUGAGUAUGAUCAGAUGCCAUCCUUCAUACGUCCCAACCAACGUCAACCGCUAUGACAACGACAUAUGUCUCCUGCAGCUGUUGACGCCUGUGACUUUUACAGACUACAUACAACCGAUCUGCUUGGCCUCAGAAAACAGCACUUUCAACCCUAGGGUUGAAAGCUGGGUCACUGGUUUUGGCGUCACGGAUAAUGGAACACUUGCUGACAUCCUACAGGAGGUAGCGGUACCGAUAGUGGGAAACAAUGAGUGCAGAUGCCACUAUGGUGAUCUUACACAGAACAUGAUGUGCGCUGGGGUCCCAGCUGGAGGGAAGGAUUCAUGCCAGGGAGACUCAGGGGGGCCACUGGUGGCCAAAAAGGGGUCUGUGUGGAUCCAGGGUGGAAUUGUGAGUUAUGGUGAAAGCUGUGGCCUACCUAGGAUUCCUGGAGUUUACACCCGUGUGUCCCAGUACCAGGAUUGGAUCAACAGCAUUAUCACUGGCAGCAGCACUCCCGGCUUCGUUGACUACAUCUCUCUAGGUUUUAAUACUGACCAGCUCUUUAGAUGUCCAGCAACACCACCACCCCCCCCACCCCCCCCAACAACUGAUGGUAACAGUGUGUUUGACAGUGGUGAAAGCAUGAUCCAUUUCUCCCUCUUUCCCUCACUCUGUCUUCUAGUCAUUUCGCUCUAUGUCCUGGGCGGAGCAUAAAAUGGAAAUGUCAAACUAUAGUUCAGGGUUUCCAUGCCCAAAUGUCUCAUUCAUUGUGUUUGAUAUGAGCUUUCUUCUUUCAGUGUAAAAAAAAUGAAAGUAGAAAUACAGAACAAAAACAUUUUAUGAAUUGAAUUGCAAUAAAAUGUUGUAUUAUUCACAGA